AUGUUCCUCACAUACCAGGUAGUCCCCAUCUGGGCUAUGUUGGUCUCCAUCGUGACCUUCCUCGUCUUGCGUCACUACGACCCUGUAGACCUGAACGAGUACGCGGAGAAGAUGCACGGCAUUCCGCCGGUGGCUUGCUGCUCUGCCAUUGCUAUCCCCCUCAUCAUUCUCUUCGCCUACAACGGCGUGCUGAAGAUGGGGCCGAAGCCGCCGCGCAGCGGCACUAGAAAGUAA